GAGGAUGAGAAGGUGAGAGAGAAAGAGAGAGAGGCAUCUUCCUCGAAGCUAGUUCAAACUAGUGGGAGGUUGUGUGCAGAUCAGAGAGCGAUCGAGAGAGACACAGACACAGACAGAGAUUAAUUAAGAUCAUCGGUCGGAAAAAUUAGCAUUAAAAAUGGUACGAGGAAAGGUUCAGAUGAAGAGGAUUGAGAACCCGGUGCACCGACAAGUGACCUUUUGCAAGCGCCGAGCUGGGCUCCUGAAGAAGGCUAAGGAGCUUUCUGUGCUUUGCGAUGCUGAAAUUGGCCUACUCAUUUUCUCCGCCCACGGCAAGCUCUACGAGUUAGCCACCAAAGGAACAAUGCAAGGGCUUUUGGACAGGUACAUGAAGUUCACUCGUGGACCUCAGCUUCAACCUGAACCGACCAUCAAUGAAUCACAUCCCCAGGACGCGAAAGAAGAGAUCGAUUUGCUGAAACAAGAAAUUGGAACUCUGCAAAAGGGUCUCAGUUACUUGUUUGGAGGGGGAAUCGGAACAAUGGCGGUGGAGGAAUUACAAGUGUUGGAGAAAUACCUCGAAAUGUGGAUUUAUCAGAUUCGUUCAAUGAAGAUGAAUAAUAUGUUACGUGAAAUUCAAACAUUGAGGGACAAGGAGGGAAUACUCAAAGCUGCAAAUAAGUAUCUCCAGGAUAAGGUUGUGGAGAAUGAUGGAAUUACUGACUUUGGACCAUUUGCUCUUGACACUUACCCCUUGAUGAUACAAGAUGAAUUAUUGCAGUUUUAGGAAAUAACUUCAUUUUGUAACAUUGAUAUGAUAUAAGUUUUAGUUAGUAAUCAAAAUAAGGGAUGUUGUGCGUGUUAUUUGCAUAAUAGCACGCUUAUUCAAUAAAUUGUAGCCUGAAUAACUUGUCAACUGUAGCUGCUUCAUGAUCUCAAAUAUUGUAAGCUUCACUGAGUCAUGUAUUACAAUGAAUGUCAUACAUUGUGUUUA